AGAUAAAUUAAAACGCGGCCAUCCCGCCGCCGUGCGGCUCGGAACCCUCGCCGACGAGGUCACCCGGGAGUCUCCGCCGCCGGCGAGCCCCCCGCUGCCGCCACCGAAGGCAACCAGGCCGGCGAAGCAUAGCUUCAUCUCGCUCCCAGUCAAGGCAGCCCCCGGAAGGCGCGCAGACUGUAGUAGAUAAAAUGCAGCCAUCCCGCCGCCGUGCGGCUCGGAUAAUUCGCCCGACGGCGACGAGGUUGCCCUGGAGUCUCCGCCACCGCCGAGGCGCCGACCCCGAGCCCCCGCCGCCGCCGCCCAAGAUCGUACCCUUGGCAACCGGAUCAUAUUCUAAAGCCCAACCUGCGCAGAUGCUGUCCAAUAGCAGGGAUUGGUCGGAGCUGCCCGUGGACGUCCUCCCGUUGGUUUUUGCAAACCUUGGUGCAAUCGAUAUCCUUAUGGGCUCAGGCCUCGUGUGCCACUCAUGGCUCGAGGCGGCCAAGCUGACUGAUCUGUGGCGAUCCGUGGACAUGGCCAACCACGAGGCGCUGGAAAAGAUGGAUGACGAUGUCCUGUGUGCAAUGGCGAAGGUGGCCGUGGACCGCUCCAAGGGCCAGCUGGAGGUGUUCUUGGGGAAGCUUUUUGUCAAUGAUGAGAUUCUUAAGUAUAUAGGGGACAGGUCAGCAUCUCUGAGGAGCCUUAGCCUCAUAUCAUGCCACGAUAUCACCAACAAAGGAUUCACUGACUUGAUUACCAAGUCCCCUCUGUUAGAGGACCUCUCGCUCGAACUCUGCCCAAGAGUGGGCGGUCGCAAAGUCUUCCAGGCUACUGUAAAAGCAUGCUCUCAUCUGAAGCGUUUCAGCCUGCACCGGGAGCUCUUUAAUUUCUCUUUCAAUUACCCUGAACGUGAUGCAGAAGUAAGAGGGUUUGAGGGGAUGCGCGAACUCCGAAGCCUAAGCCUCAUUGGCAGCAACAUCUCCAACAGGGAGCUGGAGGCCAUCCUUGAUGGCUGCCCGCACCUGGAGACCCUCUUCCUUCGCGACUGCUACCGGGUUGAUUCUGACAGCGCCCUCCGGGCCAAGUGUGCCAGGAUCAAGACGGUCACAAUUGCUAAGUACAAGUGGGUCAAAGAGCUCAAGAGGGGCCGCUCGCAAAUGGUUCUACGACAAUAUGAGUGACGUGUGUGCUCCCUCGACGAUACCAGUAGCCUUAAAGGGUUACUAUGGUCGAAAGGCGUAUUGUAAUGGCUGGCUGACGUGGAAGGCAGUCGCCAUUGCGGCCACCUGUUCCUGCAAGGGAAGUGGGCGGUGGGUCAUGGGGGAAGAAAUUUGGACUGCUAGAUUAGCAUCCAAUGGAUUGGAGUGACUGGAACCUGUUUACUUUCCAGUAAUCUGUAAACUGUGUUUGGGUAAAUCUUGCAACAAAGGGUCCAUGUGGACUGCUAUGCAUGUAUGUAUGUAUCUGGUACAAAUUAAAUGGACUCGAGGAGUACCGACAUCUGUCUAAUUAUCCGCUGACACUUGUGGAUCA